AUGAGUCAAUCGCUUGUUCAGAAUUUUGAGUAUACUGCAGCUCACAUCAAAGAUUACAUUGAUGAUGAUAAGUUAUUUACUACGUUCGAAGUCCAAGAUAUCAGAAAAAUCAUGAAAUUUGCAAAUUUGACAACAAAUGACUUCAAUACUCUUCUGAAGCAAUCAAAAUCUAUAGUCAAAGCAAACGAUUUAUAUAUGUGUAUUCGCUAUGCAAAUGUUUCUAUACGAAAUCAUGAAGAAGUCAUCAAUCUUCUGAAAACUGCUAAGAAAUACCUUAAACUGACAUUCCUUGAUGGAACUAUUGACUUUUUAAUACAAUCGCAAACUGUAGAAUCAUAUUACACAGAGAAAAUACAAAUUCUUCAAGCAGAGUUAAAAACCAUUCAUGAGCAAAAACAAAAAAGUAACAAAGAGAUUGAAUCACUUCAAUCCCAACUCAAUCAAAUUAUGACCGAAGAAAAAGUUCUAUCAAAAAUUUCAGAACUUAAAAAUUCUAAUGAUUUUUAUAGAAUUUACAAUUUCUUUGAAGAACUCUCAUCUCAAGGAAAUCAAAGAAUGAUUUCAAAGGCAUGCAAAGAAGGUCUUUGGUUAAAGGAGGCUACUAAGAGCGAAAAUUUUAUGGAAAUAGGUAAUGUCCUUCAUAUAGCAUGUGAAAAAGGAAAUCUCAAUCUUGUAAAAUCUCUCAUUGAAAGUGGUUGUGAUAAAGAAUAUCCUUCUUGUUUUAAAAAUACUCCAUUAGAUCAUGCAUCAAUGAAAGGUCAACUUGAAGUUGUUCAAUAUCUCAUCUCUGUUGGAGCUAAUAUAGAAGUGAAAAGUACUGGUGGAUGGAAUCCACUCAUUUAUGCAUCAAUGAAAGGUCAACUUGAAGUUGUUCAAUAUCUUAUCUCUGUUGGAGCUGAUAAAGAAGCAAAGACUAAUUAUGGAAUUACUUCACUCAUUUGUGCAUCAGAUAAUGGUCAUCUUGAAGUUGUUCAAUAUCUUAUCUCUGUUGGAGCAGAUAAAGAAGCAAAGGAUAAUAAAGGAUUGACUCCACUCAUUUGGGCAUCAGAUAAUGGUCAUCUUGAAGUUGUUAAAUAUCUUAUCUCUGUUGGAGUUGAUAAAGAAGCAAAGUCUAAAUAUGGAGAAACACCACUUAUUUUUGCAUCACAAAAAGGUCAUCUUGAAGUUGUUAAAUAUCUUAUCUCUGUCGGAGCUGAUAAAGAAGCAAAGACUAUUUAUGGAAGUACAUCACUCAUCUGUGCAUCACAAAAAGGCCAUCUUGAAGUUGUUCAAUAUCUUAUCUCUAUUGGAGCUGAUAAAGAAGCAAAGGAUGAAGGCGGGUCUACUCCACUCAUUUGUGCAUCAAUUCAUGGUCAUCUUGACGUUGUUAAAUAUCUUAUCUCUGUUGGAGCUGAUAAAGAAGCAAAGAAUAAAGAUGGGAAAACAUGUUACGAUUAUGGAAGUUGUAAUAUAAAGGAUUAUCUAUCAUCAUUAAAAUGA